AUGACGGGGUUUAAUGGUAAAGAUCAACUAACCGAAAUGAACGUCUUACAGAACGAAAUGAAGGAUAUAAAUAUAAAUGACCGUAUACAUAAUGAGGAUAGUAACGUUAACCAUAAUAUAUAUAAUAAUGAAAUGAUUAAUAGUAAUAGUAAUAAUAAUAAUAGUAAUAAUAAUAAUAUAUAUAAUGAUCAUAAUAAUAGUCAUAUGUAUAAUAAUAUUUAUAAAAAUAAUUCUUAUAAUGAUGGGAAUAGUACAUGUAGUGGAAAUAACAACACGUACAAUGAAAGCAAUUUUUUGAAUGAUAGAGGUGAAGAAGACGAAGAUUAUUAUUAUAACAACAACAAUAAUAAUAAUAUUAAUAAUAAUUAUAAUAAUAAUAAUUAUAAUAAUAAUUAUAUUAGUAGUAGUUACAAUUAUAAUAAUAAAGCUACAAAUGAGGUUAAAGAAAUAUUAAAUUGUGAUUAUUGUAAUAAACAUGUUUAUCCUUUAAUUAAAACUUAUACUCCUUUAUUUGUUUAUAUUAUGAUUAUUAUAUUAUUCGUAUUUAUAUCUUUUUUUACUAUAUUUUUACUACCCUUAUUAUAUUUAACAUUUAAACAAAAGAAAUAUAUUUGUCCUUAUUGUGAAAAGAAUUUAACUUCAUCAGAAAAAUUAUUUAAAGUAAAAAGAGAAAAUCAGAUUUUAACAUUUCAGUUUCCUAAGUGUGCAAUUAUUAUAUCAGCAAAAUAUUUAGCAUUAUUUUUGUCUUUAAUAUUUCUUAUUUUUUUCUUUUAUAUUAUAAGAAUAACUAGUCAUUUUAAUUUAGAUAAUUUUGUCAAAGGUCCUUAUAUCACCUCCUCAUGGAUAGAUUACUUAGAAGACUGUGGUAAUAAAUCGCAGUUCAGAAAUAAAUUUAAUAGUAUACAUAAUUUUAAAAAAUUAUAUUAUAGUAAUACUGUUCUAUGGAGAGGUAGUUUUUUUCAAAUAAAAGAAGGAUUUUUAAAUAGUAAUUCUUUAUAUAUCAAAAUGAAUCCAUCCGAAUAUAAAUAUGAUAGACCAGAUAUUAGAGCACUCUUUAAUAAUAAUUUGAUUUCUCAAAUUGAAAAUUUACAAAAAAAUGAUUAUAUCGAAUUUGAAUGUACCUUAAUAGAAAUAAGUAAAAAUAAAAGUCCACAUUUAUGUCUUCUAUGGAAUGUUAAACUUAUAGAAAAAUAUCAACCAAAAAAUUUAAGUAUGGUUGAUUUUGUAAAACAUUUAUCUAUUCUAGAUAUGAUCAAUAGUCAUGCUAAUCCUAAUCCUUUCUUUAUCAAUCUAAAUAAUAAAGAUUCAGAUAUACCAGCAUCUAUCAAAGUUCUACAUUUCUCAUCAAAUGGAUUCAAUGAACCUAAUAUUAUACAUACUAAUGAUCCAUAUAUGUUAAAUAUUAUGGAACGAGAACAUAUAGAACCUAAUAUGAAAUUUGGACACUUUGAAAGAAAAUCUUUGCCCUUUCUCGAUGAUGAAGAGGAAGAAGAAGAAGAAGAAGAACAAGAAGAACAAGAAGAACAAGAAGAAGGAGACAACGAAGAUGGGCAUCCUUACGAAUUUAACCAAUAUGAGGAACCAUUCAUAAAUGAUCCGGAUGAUGAUAUUAAUAUAUUCGAUGAUACUGUGUAUGGAGUUCCUAGAAAUGUCUCAAGUUUUAAUCACAAUUCUGAAACUUUUAAAAAUGAUGUGAACCCAUAUGAAUAUGAGGUCUCAUCUAUGUAUGAUCGAGAUGUUAGAGAGGAAAAGGGUCCGAUCUUAAAAGAUAAUGAACAUGAUAAUAAAAGAGAUAGUAUAAAAGAUAGUGAACAUGAUAAUAAAAGAGAUAAUAUAAAAGAUAGUGAACAUGAUAAUAAAAGAGAUAGUAUAAAAGAUAAUGAACAUGAUAAUAAAAGAGAUAGUAUAAAAGAUAGUGAACAUGAUAAUAAAAGAGAUAGUAUAAAAGAUAAUGAACAUGAUAAUAAAAGAGAUAGUAUAAAAGAUAAUGAGCAUGAUAAUAAAAGAGAUAAUAUAAAAGAUAAUGAGCAUGAUAAUAAAAGAGAUAAUAUAAAAGAUAAUAAACAUGAUAACAAUCAAGAUAAUAUAAAAGACAAUAAACAUGAUAACAAUCAAGACAAUAUAAAAGAUAGUGUACCCCUUAAUGAACAAACGGGUGUAUCAAAUGAUACACCACAGAAUUUAUCAAGUGAUGCAUCAAAAUCUGUACCAAAGGAUGUACAAAAUAAAGUGAAAAAUGAAAAGACACAAACAAAACAGAUCAAAAAAAACACACAAAAAGAUAAUAAAACAACAAAGAAAAUGAAAAAGUAA